AGUGGAAUUUUAAAGUACAGACAUCCUUAAGUAGUCAGAAGAUCAACAUGGGAGACCUUGAAAAGGGGGCUGCAACCCAUGGGGCCGGAUGCUUUGCCAAGAUCAAGGUGUUUCUGAUGACAUUAACAUGUGCAUAUGUAUCCAAAUCGCUAUCAGGAACUUUCAUGAGUUCCAUGCUCACACAAAUAGAGAGACAAUUCGGUAUCCCCACAGCUAUAGUUGGAUUCAUCAAUGGGAGCUUUGAGAUAGGAAAUCUUUUGUUGAUUAUAUUCGUGAGUUAUUUUGGAAUGAAACUGCACAGACCUAUCGUGAUUGGUGUUGGAUGUGCAGUUAUGGGUCUGGGUUGCUUCAUAAUAUCACUACCUCAUUUCCUCAUGGGCCGAUAUGAAUAUGAAACAACGAUUUUACCUACAAGCAACUUGUCCUCAAACAGCUUCUUGUGUAUGGAGAACCAAACACAGACCUUAAAUCCAACGCAAGACCCAGCAGAGUGUAUGAAAGAAGUGAAAUCACUAAUGUGGAUAUAUGUACUGGUAGGAAAUAUUAUACGUGGAAUUGGUGAAACUCCCAUCAUGCCCUUGGGUGUUUCCUACAUAGAAGACUUUGCCAAAUCUGAAAACUCUCCUUUAUACAUUGGAAUUUUAGAAACAGGAAAGAUGGUUGGCCCAUUAUUUGGACUUUUGUUGGGAUCCUUCUGUGCAAGCAUUUAUGUAGACACAGGGUCUGUGAAUACAGAUGACCUGACCAUAACUCCCACAGAUAUACGCUGGGUCGGUGCUUGGUGGAUCGGCUUUUUGGUCUGUGCAGGAGUGAAUAUCCUGAUUAGCAUUCCCUUUUUCUUUUUUCCCAAAACACUCCCAAAGGAAGGAUUACAGGAAAAUGUGGAUGGAACUGAAAAUGCCAAAGAGGAGAAGCACAGAGAAAAGGCCAAGGAAGAAAAACGAGGAAUCACUAAAGAUUUCUUUCCGUUCCUGAAGAGCCUCUCCUGCAACCCGAUUUACAUGCUGUUCACACUUAUAAGUGUGCUCCAGGUCAAUGCAUUUAACAUUUACUUUAGCUUCCUGCCUAAGUACCUUGAAAACCAAUAUGGAAAAUCCACUGCAGAGGUCAUCUCCCUCAUGGGUGUUUAUACCUUACCUGCAAUAUGCAUUGGAUAUUUAAUUGCUGGCUUCAUAAUGAAGAAAUUCAAGAUCACUGUCAAGACAGCUGCAUGCCUCGCAUUCUGCCUAUCCUUGUCUGAAUAUAGUUUUGGUUUCUGUAACUUCCUAAUUACCUGUGAUAAUGUCCCAGUUGCUGGUUUGACUAACUCUUAUGAAAGAGAUCAGAAACCUCUAUACUUGGAAAAUAAUGUUCUUGCUGACUGCAACACAAGGUGCAGCUGCUUGACGAAAACAUGGGAUCCAGUGUGUGGAGACAAUGGCCUAGCAUACAUGUCAGCCUGCCUCGCAGGCUGCGAGAAGUCUGUUGGAACUGGAACCAACAUGGUGUUUCACGAUUGCAGCUGCAUUCAGUCACCAGGAAACUCGUCUGCAGUCCUGGGUCUGUGUAACAAAGGCCCCGAGUGCACCAACAAGCUGAAGUACCUUUUAAUACUCUCAGGAUUUCUCAGUAUCCUCUACUCAUUCGCAGCCAUACCUGGAUACAUGGUUUUUCUGAGGUGUAUCAAGUCUGAAGAGAAGUCACUUGGGAUUGGAAUACAUGCAUUUUGCAUAAGAGUAUUUGCUGGCAUUCCAGCACCUAUUUACUUUGGAGCUUUGAUAGACAGAACCUGUUUACACUGGGGAACUCAGAAAUGUGGUGUGCCAGGGGCGUGCAGGAUGUAUGAUAUAAAUAGCUUCAGGCGCAUUUACCUUGGAAUGUCUGCAGCUCUAAGAGGAUCAAGCUAUCUCCCUGCAUUUGUUAUUGUAAUACUUACAAGGAAGUUCUCUCUUCCUGGGAAAAUCAACUCUUCAGAAAUGGAAAUUGCAGAGAUGAAGCUCACAGAGAAGGAAAGCCAGUGCACAGAUGUGCACAGAAAUCCUAAGUUCAAGAAUGAUGGAGAACUGAAAACGAAGCUGUAAUGAGUUUUCUGCUGCCCUGUGUAAGGCCAUGAACAGAAUGCUAGAAUUCAAAACACUUCACUUUUGAAUCAUGAGAUAAACAACAGGAAUGCUUAACUUUAAGAACCUCAACAAUUAGUUUUACACUCAUGAUAAAAGUAGCAUUUUCAUGAGGCUGGUGUAGGGCUUAAGUUUUUCCCAGGAUAGAUUUCUAUAGAGACCCCCACAUUGAACAUUAAAGCUUCCUUUAUUUGCAAACAGCAUUUUCUAUUGUAUCAAGGAAAGUAUGUAUUUCUAAGAUAUCUUUAAGUAGCUUUAAAGCCUAGUUCUUAAACACUAUUUCAUUCUGUUGAACUUAUGUUUCGAUGUGGGGGGUAUUUAGAGAGACAAAUAUGCAUUGUGGCUGUGCCACAUCAGAAAAAAAAAAAACUAUUCUUUCUAUGCACAAGCUGUCUGCAUACGUUUAUAUCUAGAAGUUAUUAACCCUUAUUUUUUAUUUUAGUCAUGAUGCUUCCGAGAUUAGACUUCUCUCUCAUGUGCCAUCUCCUGGUUUUAGUUCCAUUUUUCUUUAUUUAUGUCACACAUUUGAUCAUUUAUCUUACAGUACUGACAAACCUGAUCACAUUAUUAAAAAAUUCACAUUGC